UUAGUUUAAGAAAAUAUAAAUAAAUUAAGAAUUCUGACUUUAAAUUGAAUUGCAACGAAUAUAUUAUCAGCGAAUUGCAUACAGGGCUGGCGACGUUGCAAUACUUUACAACACUACACCAGGGCUACAGGUUGGCUUGUGUAUUUUGGAGUAGUGGUAAAUUUUUACAAGCACAACUAUUUUUAUGCGGUUUUUAAUGUAAAUAAACCAAAGUAAAUUUAGUCAAAGAAUUUGUAAAGUAUCACUCGACGUUUUUUCAAACUGCACUAAACAACUGUGUUUGGGAAAAUCGGAAAAUCGGAAAAUACAUUAACAAACAGGCCAAUCAAACGAAUUUCAAUUUUUAGUAUAGAGUAGGAAAGUUACACAAAAUUGAAUUAGCAACGAACGAACGAACAUUUUAUUUAUCAAACCCAGUUUGACCACCGACAAAUAAAGAACACAUACAUAUAUUUAAAAAAAAAAUAUGGAGGCCCCACCAAUGUUCAACAGCGUCGAGGAUGAGUGCAGAUAUUGGAAAGAGCGUUCCAAACAGUAUCACAAAGAAUGGACAGAUGUGAAACAGGAAUACGAUGAAUAUGUUGAACAGUCUAGGGAAAUGGAAGCCGAAAUGGACGCAACUCUGGAGCAAAAACAGAGUCUAAUCAAAGAUCUCAGAGCCAAGCUUAAUAUGUUAGAACAAGAAAAUGAUUCACUCAAGCUCAAGUUGGAUACACAAGGCAUCGAAAUGUCCAAUCUGGAUAAACAGCUGGAGACGGUGAAGAAAGAGCGCGACUCCAUGAAAGAUUAUCUGCGACAAUUGGAGCAGAAGAACGAUGAUCUGGAGCGUGCACAUCGCAUACUCAACGAGAGCAUAGUAGACUUUGAGAAGAUGUUGGACAAAGCCUAUGAAAAGAAUGCGCUCCUUGAGAUGGAGGUGGACGAAAAGGAAAUGCUGCAGGAGAAGCUGCAGCGAUUAAUGGACGAGACCCGCGAUCUAAAGCAGGAACUCAAUGUCAAGUCACGCUAUACGCCAGCGAAUGGUACAAACACAACAACAGCAUCGGCUGGCAAUAGCUCAAUGAACUCCUCGACAUCGCUGCCCAAUGGGAUUGUGGCCAAUGGUGAUAUAAUGCUGCAACAUGACAACAAUGUCACAAAUGCCACAGCGAAGGCGACAAGCAUUAGCGUCAGUGCGCUGAAUGGCAGUUUAGCAAAUCGAAACGAAUAUAAUCAACAGCAGCAUUCGCUUAAAAAUCCCGAGAACCUUAUCAAUGGCAAUGCCAUGAAUGCCAGCUCCCGCACCACGGCGCUCAACAUUGUGGCCGACAUGUUAAGAAAACUGAACGCGAUGGAGACGAAACUGAAGACUUAUCGGGAACACGCGCCUCCGAUGCAGCCACGUCAAUGACCCGACGCAACAACAGCUCUUCGACUAUCGUUGGAGGCGGAGUAGUAACAACAAUAACAACAACAACAACAGCUUGCCACAUGUGGCACAAACACAACACAACACAACAAAACACAUACCACAUACAGUUUGCUGUGGCAAUUUGUUCAAGUUUUAUGUUUAAAAGUAGUUACCAAGUUCUCUGCUCUUCUUCUGCCCUUCGUUUAUUUAUUUCAAUUUAUUCAUUUAAAUGUCUCGUGUAUAAAUUAACGAUAUUACGAUAAUAUUACUUAUAAAUAACACUGCAAUUAUUUAUAAAAGUAUGUUUGACGUCUGAAGCCGCCCCGCCCAGCAUGUAACGCCUUAUUAAGUACUUGUAUGUUAACUUCUAAGCAUAAGAGUCGAGUUUUUUUUUUCUCUCUUCUUGAUUUUCCUGUUAAGAAUGGCAUGCGAAAAAUUUGUUCUCGAAGUAAGUUUUGGACUUCAGCCACUCAUUGAAAAUCGUUUUGUAUAUUUAGCUUCAGUCAUGUCCCUGGUUAUUGUUCCGUUACUCACACAUACACACACACAUAGCACACACGGACACAGACGCUUGGUAAGCUCAAAGCACAAGCGUAGUGUAAAGUAUAGUCGAGCUUUUGAAUAAAUUGAAAGUGCACUAAUACAUGUACAUUGCCACCCACACACACACACACACAUUUAGGACAUGACUGAAUUAGAGCGUAAGUUGAAAGGCCACACAGCUUGUGUAGUAGUAAUAAUAAUGAUAUGAUGAUGAUGUUUUGAUGGAUAGAUAAGUGCAGCUGAGUCGAAAGUAUUACAGCCCCCUUAAGAACAGCUUAACAAGCAAACAAAUACUCGUAGUGUUAGAAAGAGAAAGAUCUAUAUAUAGUAGUCGUGUGUGACAAUUAACACUUAUCACUACAAUAACAAUUACAAUUACAAUUACUGUUUAAGCAAAAGACAAUUUCUGACUAGAGACGACGAUGACAGUCGUUGCCCCAUUGCCCCCAUUUUAGUUAAAUUUACACCGUUCUACAAAAUAAUGAUCUAUAGCAAAACACAAUUUAUUCAAUUAUAUAUUUUAAAUGCGAAUACAAAUUAUGUAAAAAGUGCAACAAAAUUAUAAUUAUAUUAAAUGAUUAAUUGUACAUGUAUAAACCAACAGAAUGAAGAUGAAUAUAAAGAGAAG